GAGUAUUGCCAUCACUAAUAUUUUAAUGGAAAAUAAAUUAAAAUAUAUUCACAAACGUUGAAUGAAAAAUGUCUUUGGAUUUACGGAAUCAAUGUCGAACAUGCCUUAAGACUGAUAUUAAAUUGCAGAAGUUGACUGCUAUGAUUGACGGAAAGGCUGCAACAACGUACAAGGAUGCGUUAAAGACUCUGGCAAACUUCUUGUUUAAAGCUGAAUAUGAAGACGAAAUGCCGCAAAGGAUAUGCGAUGGUUGUUGCCGUAAACUGCGGUCGGCCCAAAAUUUCAUUAUUCAAGCAGAGGAAGCUAACGACAAGUUAAUACGAAUUCUAAAGGAUAUACAGCAGAUGCCUUCCCUAAAGCAAUUGGAUUGCUUGAAUGAAAAUCCCAUUGAAUUGUCCAGCACUGUUGAGCAAUGUCUGCAAAUCAAAAUGGAAGUAGAAAAUUUUGAGAGCGCGGCAAAAGAUUUAGAACAAAUUGACAAUUUGAUUGAUAAUAUUGCAAUUAAAAAUGAGCAACAAUUUGAUGGCGAAAAUCAAUUAUUAAAAAGCGUUGACAAGGAUGCUGAAGCUAAUUACCAAAGUUCGGCGGAAUCGAUUGCUCAAAAUGAGAGUAAAGAUGACACGGAAUCUUCAGUUGAUGAAUUUGAAGAUGAGUAUAAACCAGAAAAUGCUAAAAGUGAUAAUAAAACCAAACGUAAUAAACAGAGAAAACUAAAAAAGAUGAGCAAAUAUAAGCUGGAUGAAGAUGAUUUGUUACCAGUGCGUUGUGAAGAGUGCGGCAAAGUUUUAGAAAAUUCUCUAAUACUUGCCCGACAUAAACGUAGCACACAUUUACCGGAUGAGCUAAAAAUACCUUGUCCCAAUUGUGGACGAAGGUUUAGCAGACGUUGCAACAUGUACGCACAUAUGCGCACUUUUCACGGUCAGGAGUCAGUCGAUGUUUUAUUGAAAAAUUCCAAUACAAUACAAUAUCGAUAUAAAUGUGAUAAAUGUUCGUGUAAAUAUACAAACAAAUAUAAACUUCAGGCUCACGUUAAAAGUAAACACAGCAGCAAAACAGAUGAAAACAAUGAAAUGAAAAGUAACUCGGGUCCAGUUGCGAACGAGGAAGGACAUCAGAAAUCAAAAAAGAUUUACAAUUACGAUAAAAAGUUUCUAUGUACAAUUUGCGGUCUGCCCUGUCAAAGUCAAUCGGCAUUAACUAUACAUGUGCGUCGUCAUACUGGAGAAAAACCAUUCAAAUGCGAUCUGUGCGAUAGAGCCUAUGCUAGAUUGUAUGACGUGCAAAUUCAUCGUCGCAGCCAUACCGGAGAAAAACCGUAUAAGUGCACCGUUUGCGAAAAGGCAUUCAAACGUUCGAAUAAAUUAAAAAUACAUAUGCGCACGCACACAAACGAACGUCCAUACAAAUGCCCUCAUUGUGAACGUAGUUUUAAGCAAUCAAAAGAUCUAAAUAUUCAUAUACGCACUCAUACGGGAGAGCGACCGUAUAAAUGUAAUGUAUGUCAAAAUACAUUCACCCAAAGUAAUUCCUUAAAGGCGCAUCGCACGAAAUACGGACACAUUGAAGCGAAUACCGAAGAAAACAUUCCAAGAGCAUAUAACACAAUUUUAACAACUUAGUGUAAGCGAGACAGAGCGAAUUAAUUUUUCCGAAUUGUCUGUAAGCAAGCUAUUGUUUUCUUAAUAGUAGUGAACUUGAAAUCAUUUCUAUUGACAAUUGAUAUAUAUAAUAUAUAUAUAUAUAUACUGUUAUGUAUAGUUUUUCAAAAUCUAUUCGAAAUAAGUUGCUUGUUAUUUGCCAUUCAUUUGUAUUGAAAAUGUGAUUUUUUCAUCAUUGCAUUGACUGUUCACUUGUCAGUUAAGAGCUUUUAAAUAACAUUAAACUUAUUCUUAUUAUAUCGACUAACAUGAAAAGAAGAAUUAGUUCAUAGCAUUGUCGUCAUUAUUCUGAUUUUGAAACGAUUAAAUAGAAAAAUAUGCAAAUAAGGAGCAUAGAGCAUUCUUCGAUCAAUUUGGGUCUUGCAGUCGAUCUAAAUCAAUUCAUAUAAAAAAUGUUCAUAAAUAAAAUGGGCUAAAGAAAUAGAUUUGCUCCAUGGAAUAGGACCAUAACAUAUGUGACGUUUCUGUAGUAAACUUUUUCGGCCUUUCAAGCAUUGCUGAUUUUAUCGAGCCGCCAUACUAGCGCCCAUGAAAUUUUUGAAGAGUUUAAGGUUUUUUUCAAUAUCGUUGGUCUUGCUGGUUAUUUUCCUAUCAGGACGGUUCGUCAAAUGACGAAAAAGCAUCGAACAAUGCUCUAAGCUAAUUAAAGAGAGUACAGCGUUUCUCAAUGGAAAGCUUGAUUCCAUUUCUUCAAAUGAGACUUCAGUCGUCAAAAGCUUUUUGUUAUCCUAGAACAUCGUUUGAUUUACUUUGGUCUAUUGAUUAGUCUCAUGUCAAUCAAACACCUUAGGUGCGAGGUUCCGUAAUAGCGGCACAAUUAAGGCUUAAGACCAAAGAAAAUCAUUUUCAAGUUUUCAUAAGAAUUUCUCUUAACGAACAGUUUCUUCCUUCCUCUUCUCAUUUUUUUUUGACUGUAUUCUGGAAACGCAGCUCUAGUACAGGGAUCAUAGACUUUGUUGUUUCUUGCAAUGCGCACAGUAUGCUCCUAACAUAGUAACUUUGCGGUCAUUUAUAUUUGAUUUAAAAAUUACUAUGUUUUAUAAAAGCAAAAAAUGGAAUUAUUUUCUUGGCCAGGCUUGUGAGGUAUGUUCACGGAUCAUAAACCUCUUACUGAAUGAAAAAUUGUAUUGGUAAACGCAGAGUUCUGCGACAUUUUCAUGUCAAAUGGUGGCAAAUAAUUUCUAUUAUGUAUUUCACUUAUUAUCCUUCUGGAAGAGCGGCACAACGUUUCUCUCAUGUAUACCGUAUUUUUCGGACUAUAAGACGCCGUUGAAAUUAGUUUAGAAAAAUAUAUUUUAAUAUUACUUUUGAAUCAAAAUUUU